CACCGAAUUUCAUUCCGGAACGGAACGGACGAAUGUUGUUGUAAAGAUGGCGACAGCGAUUGUUAGUUCGGCUCGCAAGGUGGGGAGGCUAACAAAUGCAGCCAGGAGGUUGUAUUCGGAUGUUUAUCCAAAAAUAACCACCCAUUACACUGUAUAUCCUCGUGAUAAAGACCCGAGAUGGAAAGAUGUAAAUAUGGAGCGAGUGGCAGAGGAGACAGAUAUCCUCAUCAUUGGUGGAGGACCAGCAGGAAUGGCAGCAGCUAUCAGAGCAAGACAGAUAGCCGAGGAAAAGGGGGCUGAAGUAAGAGUUACCUUAUUAGAAAAGGCAGCUGAGAUCGGUGGUCAUAUAUUGUCUGGAGCCUGCGUAGACCCAAUAGCACUCAAUGAACUUAUCCCCGAUUGGAAAGAGAAGGGUGCACCUCUUAACACACCUGUUACUUCUGAUAAAUUUGGUUUACUCACAAAGAGUGGUAGGAUUCCGAUACCAGUAUUUCCAGGCUUACCUAAUUACAAUCAUGGCAACUAUGUAGUAAGACUGGGACACCUGGUGAGAUGGCUCUCGGAACAAGCGGAGGCAUUAGGAGCUGAGGUAUGGCCGGGAUGCGCAGGCGCAGACCUAAUAUACAGAGAUGACGGUUCCCUCAAAGGAGUAGCGACGGGCGAUGUGGGUAUAGCUAAAGAUGGCAGCCCCAAAGAUAUGUUUGAAAGGGGCAUGGAGUUUCAUUCCAAAAUCACUAUAUUUGCUGAAGGAUGUCAUGGACAUUUGACAAAGAUGGUUUCUAAUAAGUUUAAUUUAAGAGACAAAAGUGAACCUCAGUCUUAUGGCAUUGGACUUAAGGAACUGUGGGAAGUUAAACCAGAGCACCACAAGCCAGGUUUAGUAGAACAUACGAUAGGCUGGCCUCUAGACAGGAACACAUAUGGGGGUUCCUUCAUCUACCAUCUCAAUGUCCCCGAGGGAGAGGCUCCACUUGUAGCGGUGGGCUUUGUGGUGGGUCUGGACUAUGUCAACCCAUACCUCAGCCCGUUCAGAGAGUUUCAGCGUUUUAAACUGCAUCCAUAUGUGAAGCCUAUGUUUGAAGGUGGCGCUCGUGUCGCGUACGGUGCGCGUGCGCUGGUAGAAGGAGGUUGGCAGUGUUUGCCUGUGCCGGUGUUCCCAGGUGGCUGUCUUAUAGGAGAUACAGCGGGAUACCUCAACGUUCCCAGGAUUAAAGGCACACAUAAUGCUAUGAAGAGCGGUAUGUUGGCGGCUGAGUCUGCGAUGGAGUUGAUUUUGUCAGGAGAAGCGUCUCAUGAUAAAGGCAUUGUACCAACACUAUAUGAAGAUAAACUGAAGGAAUCAUAUGUAUAUAAGGAAUUGAAGCAAGUCCGUAAUUGUCGGCCGUCGUUCCACACUAAGCUAGGUUUGUACGGCGGCGUCGGUUACUCCGCAUUCUCAACAUUAGUCCGCGGCAAAGAACCUUGGACAUUUAGCCAUGGAGGCGCUGAUCACUCGAGAUUGAAGCCGGCUAAAGAAUGUCAGCCAAUUGAAUAUCCUAAACCAGACGGAGUGGUCACAUUUGAUUUACUAUCGUCAGUCGCUUUAACUGGUACAAAUCACGAAGCGGACCAACCGCCACAUUUGACGUUAAAAGAUGACUCCGUUCCAGUUAAAACAAAUCUCGCAGUUUUCGAUGGUCCUGAAGGAAGAUUCUGUCCCGCAGGUGUAUAUGAAUUUGUACCGAUGGAGACCGGUGAGGGACAGCGAUUACAAAUAAAUGCACAAAACUGUAUACAUUGUAAGACAUGUGAUAUAAAGGACCCUUCACAAAAUAUCAACUGGGUGGUGCCGGAAGGUGGUGGUGGUCCCGCAUACAACGGCAUGUAAUUUAUUUAAAUAUUAAAUAUACAAUUAUUCAGUCACAUUAUUAUGGAGAUUUUAUAGUAAAUUAUUAAUUUAAAAGUACAUUUUUCAUAUAACC